AGUGUCCCUACUAGUUAUUAAAAAUAAAAUGUCUUCCGAGUUCAAGCCACCAGAUUGGAUUGGACCUCCUAAGCCUGGCCUUCAUUUGGAUGUAGUCAAGAACGGUACUGUCCUACAGAAACUCCUUAUAGAUGACAAGGAGUAUUACUUGUUUGGUCGUAACACUGACGUGUGCGAUUUCCCUCUUCACCAUCAGUCUUGUUCUAGAGUACAUGCAGCAUUAGUGCAUCACAAAUACCUCAACAGACCAUUUCUCAUUGACCUUGGAUCAGCUCAUGGCUCAUUUGUUGGUAGCAUGCAGUUAGAAGCACAGAAGCCUCAGCAGUUACUUGAAGACUGCACCUUUUCUUUUGGGGCUUCAACAAGAAAAUACACUCUUAGGGAGAAACCUCAGCAGGUAUCGCUCUUACAGGAGGAAGGGGGAGAAGGAGAGGGAGGGACACUCUUAGGUAUUGCUGAUCUUGACAACGAAGUUGAUGAUAUUACGCAAUACAACACAGCUCAUAAUCGGCAGAUUAGUACCAUUGGAAUUAACGAAGAGGCAUCUCUCUCAAGGAAGAGACAGAGGAAGUCUAGCUCAGUUUCUUUCAACGAAACUGAAGAAAUUAUUAAUCCUGAGGAUGUUGAUCCAUCUGUUGGUAGAUUUAGAAACCUUGUUCAAUCUUCAGUCGUCAUACCAGCAAAGCGAACUCGCAGUGAUGACGAUGAAGGAAGCACUCCAUUAACUCCUACUUCUUCAAAGAGGCAUCCGUUCACUCAACCUCUGAGCUCACCCACUGACCCUCUCCCCCCGUCUUCCUCUCAACUUUAUCCUGACGGGUCUUUACUCUCUCCUUCCUCUAGUCGUGGGACCCUCUCAUUCUCCUCUGUCCUUUCUCGUGGGAUAACAGCUGCUCCUCCGGUUGAAAAUCCUGAAGCAACUGAAGCGAAUUCAAAGGCCACGUCUUCAGUUCAACCAACUUGGUCUGUUUCUCAGGAUAUUUUUGAGGACUCGGAAGUACCGAGAAAGAAGAAAUAUGCCAAGGAGGCGUGGCCUGGGAAGAAACCAACUCAUAAUAUGAUGAUUUGAUGUCACAUUUAUGUCAUAAUACUAAUAAUUAAAAAUGUAGUUUUAAAUUUUAAAAAUUAAUAAUUAUUUUUUGUGGGGCAUGCGUAUAAAAUUAAAUUUCAAUUUUUCUAUGUAAUUAUUCUUCGUUUAA